UGUCAGUAUGGAUGCAGAUAAGUUAAUUCAAUCCAUCGUCAGAAUACUCAUGUUCAUUGCAGGCAUCCUGGGAAACAACUUGCUGGUGAUAGCCUCUCUUCCCAGAAAGAAAUCUGAAAUCCGUACCAAUGAGAUCCUGUUAAUCAACCUGGCUGUCUCCAACCUCAUUACCAACUACCUGGUGGACAUCCCUGUCACCAUGGAAGACUUUGCUGGCCGAUGGUUCUUGGGACUGAGCUUCUGCGGCAUUUUUCACUUCAGUUCUGACCUCUCAGAAACCAGCAGCCUCUUCACCACCCUCAUCAUCUGCAUCUUUUGGCACCAGAAGCUAGUUGGUUCUCUCAAGCGUGGAGGUGCACCUGUGCAGCUGGACAACCUCCAUCUGCUGGGGUGUCUACUGGCCGGGAGCUGGACACUGUCCGCCAUCUUCAGCAUGCCUCGCCUUUUCUUCGUUUCACAGGAGGUGAAAAAUGAGAGCCAUGAAAACUGCAUAGAUGUCUUCCCCGAUGUGCUUUCCAGAGAAACAUAUGAGGUCAUUUUCUUAUCACUGGCUAAUGCUUUACCUGUUGCAGGGAUCUGGGUUGCAAGUAUCCAAAUUGUUUUAACUUUGCUCCAACAUCGCAAGCGCAUACAGAGCGUUUCCUCUCAUCGGGUCAAGGUUAAACAAGACAAGUCAGAAAGGUCAGUCAGCAGUGUUUCUGUUCAAGACUCCCAUAAAGACCUCAAAGAGUCUUCUUCACCAACUGAGCAUGUUUCUUCGUGUCCAAAUGGAAAAUGUCUGGGUAAAAGUCCACGCAGUUCUCCCUUAGCCAACAAAACAGAUUCCAGAGCAGAAGCUCAACCAAACCACUCUGUCUGCCAGUCCAGCCAGAUACCCUCUAAGCAGAGUAACAACGCAAGCUCUCAGGUGAGGGCAGCAAAGAGCGUGGUGGCUGUGGCCACUGUGGUGCUCCUCUGUUGGUUGACUCAUCUAAUUCUGCGCAUCAGCAACAGCAUGCAGGAUUCACCACUGAUGAUGGAGCUGGCCAGUUACAUCGGAGCCGCCUACACCUGCAUCAUCCCUUAUAUUUUUCUGCAUGGAGUGAAAAAACUUUCUCGUUUGUGUAAAUGAUAGGAAAUGUCAAACGGAAAGUCCGUGAUGCUACAGUUAAAUUCAAGAAUAUUCAUACACUUGGUAGUGUUAGGUUUAAAGUAAUGUUUUAAUGUUUACCAAACUGUUUCUUCUGACUAGAAGUAAUAUUUAUACUUUUGAUUGACGCAGCUAGUUAACACUGACUGAGGAUCUGUGCACAGAUCCAGGGUUUUCCAACCUCAAGGACUCAAUGAAGCUCUGACCCACACAAAUCAUCAAAAUAGUAGAAACAUGCAUUUGAGUAGACGU